UUUAUACAGACAUACGUAUCGCACAUGAAACUUGUGUCCAAGUUUGCUGUGACCAUUCCCACUGUGCCAAAUGUGUGGUGUAAUACACCAUUAAGCUAUUUAUAUAAAAUUAUGCGAAUCUAUGCUCUGAGACCAGAAAUGCUAAUCUGUGGUAUGGUUUUGGUGAUUAUCCUAUUUUACGUGCAAGCCGUAAAUGUGUGGAGUAGAGCACUUAUGGGCAGAAUUCAUUAUACUCUGGGACGCACAACUUCCAAGGUGUCUAAGCUGCAAUUUUUAGUUAAUGACUCUGUGAAUAACGGAGUAAAACUUAAUUGGGAGUUAAAACAAGAUUAUAUUGCAGCAUUUGCUGUUCAAGGGCACAGAGCUCGGAUGGAAGAUCGUUUUGUAGUAAAUGAAGAUGUAAACAAUAUUGGAAUUUCUUUGUUUGCAAUAUUUGACGGUCACGGUGGAGAGGAAUGCGGCAGUUGCACGCAUAACAUGCUGUCACAACAGCACACAAAUACUAUGAUAACAGAACAUGGCAAGAAUAGAAUAAAGCAUUUUACAUGA